UUGUAUUCAUAUUGUAUUGUUGUGUUGGAGGUUUUUGAUGCUUUUCAAGUAUUUGUAAUUAGUUUAUUGUAUAUUAAGAUUGUAACAAGGUAAAUAUGACAAAAAAUAAGGUGAUUCUAGUAACAGGAGGAACAGGGUUAGUUGGCAGUGCUAUAAAAGAAAUAAUUCAAUUAGAAAAACGAACAGAUGAAACCUGGAUAUUUUUAAGCAGUAAGGAUGGAGAUUUAUGUGAUUAUAAUGAGACUAAAAAAAUAUUUGAAAAACAUCAGCCAACACAUGUCAUUCAUUUAGCUGCUAUGGUUGGAGGACUCUUUCAUAAUAUGUCACAUAACUUGGAUUUUUUAAGAAAGAAUUUAAAAAUGAAUGACAACGUUCUACAAAUUAGUUUUGAAACUGGCGUUCAAAAGGUGGUGUCGUGCCUUUCUACCUGUAUAUUUCCUGAUAAAACAGAGUAUCCUAUUGAUGAAACUAUGGUACACAAUGGACCGCCCCAUCCCUCAAAUUUCGGCUACAGUUACGCCAAACGCUUAAUCGAUAUUCAAAAUAAAGCUUACCACCAACAACACGGCUGUAUGUUCACCUCUGUCAUUCCUUGUAAUGUGUUUGGACCUCAUGAUAAUUAUAAUUUAGAAUCUAGCCAUGUUAUACCUGGAUUGAUUAGAAAAUUGAAUGACAUCAUUCAACAAGGUGGCAAUACUUUUACUGUAAUGGGAACCGGAAAGCCUUUACGACAAUUUAUUUAUUCUUUAGAUUUAGCUAAACUAUUUUUAUGGGUAUUAAGAGAGUAUCAAGAAGUUGAACCUAUAAUAUUGUCUGUUGAUGAAAAGUCUGAGGUAUCAAUUAAAGAAUUGGCAGAAGAAAUAUCCAAAGCUUUUGACUUUAAAGGAGAAAUUUCGUUUGAUACCACCAAAGCUGAUGGCCAAUACAAGAAGACAGCCAGCAACGAAAAACUAAGGAAAUAUUUACCUGAUUUUGAAUUUACUCCGUUUUCUGUUGCUGUAAAAAACAGCGUCGAUUGGUACAGAAAGAAUUACAAAACUGCUAGAAAUUAAUAUAUUUUGUUGAAUUUUAAUAAUAAAUUUUUUUUAACCGAAA